GCCGGAGUCAGGAGCUGAGCCGCACCUAUCACAGGUCAUUAACAUGGAGACGGCAUCGCUGGUCCCUCUGCUGCCCCCGGACAACUCCACAGCCCCGCCCGCUGCGCCCGCAGCCUCCUCAGGCAGGACCCAGGACACCCUCCACAUCCUCUUCGCGGUCAUCUUCUGCGCCACCUUCCUCCUGGGCACAGCCGGCAACGGGCUGGUCAUCUGGGUGUCCGGCUUCCGCAUGCCUCGCUCGGUCAAUGGCAUCUGGUACCUCCACCUGGCCGUGGCUGACUUCACCUUCUGCCUCUUCCUGCCCCUCGCCGUGGCCCAAGCGGCCCUGGGCUUCCACUGGCCCUUUGGCCGGCUGCUCUGCAAACUCUACAACUCGUUGGGUGGCCUCAACCUCUUCACCAGCGUCUUCCUGCUGACCCUCAUCUCCGCCGACCGCUGCAUCUGCAUCCUGCGCCCCGUCUGGGCACAUAGCCACCGGUCCCCAGGGCGGGCCACCCUGGCCAGCGCGGGGGCCUGGCUCCUGGCCCUGGCCUUGACCGUGCCCCAGUUCAUAUUCAGAGACACGGCCAGGGAGGGCCGGCACGUCCACUGCUACAACAACUUCGACCCCUGGAACGAGACCCACGGGGACGAGAGGCUGAGGAGGGAACUGGUGAAGACCCGGUCGGUGGCCGUGGUGGUCACCCGCCUGGUCCUGGGCUUCGCCCUGCCGCUGGUCACCAUCGGGGCCUGCUACGGCCUGGUCCUGUUCGAGCUGGGGAGGAAGGGCAAGCUGCUAGGGACCAGCCGGCCGCUCCGGGUGCUCGCGGCCGUGGUGUUGGCUUUCUUCCUGUGCUGGCUUCCCGUCCAUGUGGCAUCGGCCCUGCAGCUGGUGGCCGUCGUGCGCGGGUCCCGGGCCCUGUUCGCCACUGUGAGGAUCCUGGGGCCGCUGGGAGUCUGCCUGACCUGCGUCAACAGCUGCCUGAAUCCCGUGCUCUACGCCUUCCUGGGCCGGGACUUCCGGGAGCAUCUGCUCCACUCCCUGCCCGCCGCCCUGGAGCGCGCCCUCGCCGAGGAGUCCGACCAGACCCCUCUUACGGGGAGCAGGUCAGGAGCCGGGCCCCCCCAGCUGGAGACCUGCCGACUGUGAUGCCCCCUUCCCCACCCUGGCCUCGGGUCUGGACCCUUCCCUUCCCCAAGGGGUGGAGUUGAUAAUA